GCAGACAGAGAGGAGUGGGAGCAGGAGGCACAGAUGAUGCUAGCCAUGCAGAAUGUCCUGGAGAGUCUAGGACAGACAGUGGAAAAACUCAGGCAAGCAGUGGGCUGGCUGCGGGGCCAGGAGGAGGAGAUGUGGCUACAGAAGAGCAGGAGUCAGAGCCCCCGGAUCUGGAACCGUUCUAGCAAGGACCACCUAGAGCAUCUCACUGAUGAGUUUCAGGAGGUGGUAAGGAAGAGACAGAGCUUUCUGGAUCAGGCCCUUGGUCACUUGCAGUACCAACGGGAGCUGAGCCGCCUCCACCUCUUGCACACCCAGAUUGUUGCCUCAGGCUCCCCUGAAUGUUUGGAAAAUUACCCUGGAGACAGAUUCUAUGGAAUGAUCACUACUUCUCUCUGGGACCCAGCUGCUGCCUGCCCGCUGUUGAUCCCCUUCCUGAAGAGCCUCACUACAGUGCUGAUGGGAGCUCAGGGCCAUGCCCCAGGCCUGGAGGCCCAGGGGCCGGGAACAGAUGCAGAUAAAGUUGACACCAUGUGGACCUCACUACUCUUUGCUACCCUGAGGAAAGUAGACAUCUGGUCCCAAGCCCACAAGAAGGAAGCUGAAUUGCAAGGACAGGUGCAUCACCAGCUAGCCCCAAAAAGCUCUUUGCAGGAAGACCCAAAACCUCAGAUAAUACAGAAGGAAGAGCUUAUCACUGUACAACCCACAGACCUUUCUGCCAGGGAGUUUGUGGUUUACCAGUACGGCCUCUCCAUCCUGCACCUCCUCACCCCCGAGCUUCAUGCUCCUGAAAUCACCCUGCAGAUUGCUUCUUGUCUUCCUGCCAUGGAAGCCUCAGACAAUGCCUUCCAAGGCUCCUUCUUCUAUCAGAGAGCUGAAAACACACUGUUUGUUGGGAGAGAGUCUUUGGCAUCUGUGGGAAGUUUCAUUCUGCUGCUGAUCCACUGCCUGGCCCACGUGGCCACCAAGGACUUCCACCAGGACUCAAACCCUGCCUUUCUGAGGUCAUUUUACAAGGCCUUGCAGGCUUAUAUCAGGGAAGCAUUUGCUACCACACUGCGAAUGUCAGCAAUUUCCUGGGAUGGUAAGCUUGACCAAAGCAUAAGCGCUGCUUUGCUGGGAGAGCAGCCCAUCUCUGAAGGAGGAAGGGAUCUUCUCUCUAAACUCCUUGAGAGGAAGUGUGAGUCUCACUUGGAACCAGAGUCAUCAGAAGAGUAUAUUAAGAGAAACAUGGAUCUUCUCCUCUUCACCAAUAUGGAACAUUUUCUAAAAACCCUCCUCACUGCAGAACAACAGAUCCCAAGAAAACCAAGAGAUAAGCAUGAGGACCAAGAGAAGAGUGGUGACCUUACAUGUCAAGAUCAAGAUCAAAAACUAGCAACCUGGAGAAAUAACAACAUUGACUUCAGCCCUGGACCCCAGUCCACUUUAUGAAAAGUUAUCAUCCAUGUGAAAAUCACCUUUAAAACUUCAUUAAAAUAUAACACAUCUUUUAAAAGUGCACAUAUCAUAAAAUGCACUCCUCAUGAGUUGUCCAAAGUGAACAUUUCCAUGUAACCAACAUCAAGAAAGACAACCUCACCAGCUUCCCAGAAGCCCCUUAUGUCCCCUCCAUCCAGGCAUCUAUCCCCCAAGAAUAACUACUAUCUUGACUUCAGACAUCAUAAACUGUUUUUGUUCGUGAAUUUCACAUACAUAGAAAUCAUAAAUUAUGUAUUACUUGUUUAUUUAUUUUGCUCAGAAUCAUGUUUGUGAGGUGCAUCCAUAUUGUUGCAUGUGGUUAUAGUUUGUGGAUUCCCUUUGCUAUAAAACAUUCCGUUGUAUGGAUAUAUCAACAUUUAUUCUUUCCACCACUAAUGUGCCUGUGGGUAUUUUCCAGUUUGGGGUUACUACAAAUAGCCUUAUGCACCUUUCUGUGGCUGUACCAAAUCAGGUAUUUCUUAGAACUGGAAAUCUUGGGUCCUAAGAGGUAAAUAUUUCCCACUUUAACAGAUACUACCAACCAGAAUUCCCAAGUGAUUGUCUGAGUAUAUACAAGUGGGUAAGUGUUCUGGUGGCUCUCCAUUUUUAUCAUAACUUAGUAUGUUCCAUCUUUUUUAUUUUAUGCACUCUUCUGGGUACAUGGUUUUAACUUGCACUCUCCUAAUGGCCCUUGAAGGUACCCAGCCUUCCUAUGUGUAUACACCAUAUGAAUGCCUUCUCUUGAGAAGUGCCAGUCAAGUAUUUUGCUCAUUUUUCAUUGGCUUCUCUAUAUAAUUGAUUUGUAGGAAUUCUUUUUUCUGCAACUAUUUUUCCUCAUUCUGUGGAUUGUCUUUUUAUGAAAAGAACAA